CAGACACUUAUGUUUGUUCCAACACUGAAAAGCAUGAGACGAAAUAAUCUCAUUGCUAUUUCCAGUGAUCUCCUGCCUGAUUGAUCAAUGAAUAUCUUCGGGACUUCUCUCGCUGACCGCUCGACAUGCAAUCCUUGCCCUCGAACCAGGCCGAAUCCAAGUCGCGGGACGCCAGCCCUGAAGUUAUCCAGCCUCGAAACGAGAAUAACAACCAUGAUGCACCAGAAAACGUAAACGACCUGGAGUCGGUUUCCGUGCGGGCCACAGAAUCGGGAUUGCCGUUUCCCCAAUUUGAACUAUCACUGCCUUGGCCUUCCUCCAGUUCCGAAUCGCUCCAAUCGUCUAGAAGCCAUGAUAGGUACCUAAGCCGGCGACAAUCGGGAAUACUAUCAAAUAGUACGAGAAGCGGCAUUUAUCAUGCAUUGCAGCAGAACGAUGAGCCCCGGUCAAUGCUGGCCGGGGCGUCGUGGGACGAAAGCUCCGCCAUGACUACGUUGCUGCAGAGCCGAAUCGCGACCGAUGGUGAUGACCUCAUUGGAGAUGGCAAUCUAGGCCUGACCGUUGAAAACGAACGUUGGAUUGACAAUGGCCAGUCUCUCCCUGCCGACGACGGCAUGCGCAUCCUCAGACAACGUAUCCACGCGAUUCGAGAAGGCGGUGCAUCCAACGCCGAAAAGGCCCAGCAAAUACAUGCGAUCAUGACCGAGAGCUACCGUUCCUCGCUCGGGGUUUCUGGAUCUCCCCAGCCCACGCUGCAGCGUGGAGCUACUAUUCAACCUCAUGAUAGGCCUUGGACUCCGUUAUCGCCGCGGAGUAAACACUCGUCUGACCAGCUUACCCUUACCCCAGCUUCCACUUCCUCAAUCGCCUCUUAUACUUCUGGUAAUCCUUAUUAUCUCUCGAUGGAUGACCUUACCCCGACAUAUUAUCCCGGUACCGCAACAUUAGCCCAACCCUACGAUCAUGACGACUUUGUUCUUUCUGCCUUGGCAGCAGGAGAUUUGCUGGAUGAGGAAGCACAACAGAUAUUGGGAUGCAAGCAUUACAAGAGAAAUGUCAAACUCCAAUGCUUUACAUGCAAAAAGUGGUAUACAUGCAGGUUCUGUCAUGAUGAUAUCGAGGAUCAUACCCUCAUUCGACGAAAGACAGAGAAUAUGCUAUGCAUGAUGUGCCAAACACCUCAACAAGCUAACCAGUGGUGUAAAUCGUGUGGCACCCAAGCCGCCUGUUAUUAUUGCGGAAUUUGCAAACUUUGGGACAACGAUGCUUCGAAGAGUAUAUACCACUGCCACGACUGCGGGAUCUGUCGUCGCGGGGAAGGACUUGGGAAAGAUUUUUUCCACUGCAAGACAUGUAGUGUAUGUUUACCCAUUAAGAUCGAAACCAGCCAUCGAUGCAUUGAGCGCGCUACCCAAUGCGACUGUCCUAUAUGCGGCGAAUACAUGUUCACCUCCCCUGACCCAGUCAUAUUCAUGAAAUGCGGGCAUAGCAUUCACCAAAAAUGCUUUGAUAAAUACUCCAAGACAUCAUACCGUUGUCCAAUCUGUAACAAAACUGUCGCGAACAUGGAAGCCCAUUUUAGAAAUCUCGACCGCACGAUAGGGAGCCAGCCGAUGCCUGCAGAGUUUAGAAAUACCAAAGCUGUCAUAAAUUGCAACGAUUGCCAUGCAAAGAGCGUCGUGCAAUACCACUGGCUGGGUCUGAAAUGCGAUACAUGCGAUUCCUACAAUACGUCCCAAAUUCGAUUGUUUUCCACAAAUAACGACCAAAACGAUGAGCCUGUCUCCCGACAGGGUAGCGGCAUACUGAUAUCUAUACCUAGAAUACCAAACGACUUAUCUGUUGAAAAUAGAACCAUAGCUCGAUCGAUACCGACAGCAGAUGGGUCAUCGGACGCUCUAGGCUCGAUAAUGGGAUCAGGAAGCCGGGCGAUUCCUGCAUUGCCGCAGAGCUAUAAUGCACGAUCCGUAUCCCCGACUGUUAGUAACUAUUUUGGCCUUAGUCGACGACGAGGAUCAAUAUGGACAACGAUUUCGCAACCCGAGGUGAUACAUUCAGACAGCGAAAAUGAUGAAAGAGGUAGUUUCUGGCCCGUCUCUGCGCUUAAAAGAGCGACGCUAGGCUUUUUGGGAAGCAGAGAGUAUGACAGCGAGGAGGAAAAAGAUGAUGACGAAGAACAAGACGAUUACGAAGACGAAGACCCCGCGAAUGAUCAGGAGGAGGAGCUAGAGGAUGGGGAAGAUGAUGAAGACAUUGACGAUAUAAUCGAUAUUUUCGGCCACCGAUGAAACCUGAAGUCAGAAGCUAAAUCUGAGGCCUGAGACCAACCUCUUCUCCUUGACAGGGAGAAUUCCACCUCAAAAAAAAAGGCAAAUAGUAGGUGUAAAUACACCAUCAACACCCCUUCUUGCAAAUGCACAACCACGAACGAACGAGGGUCACUUUUCUUUCUCGCUAGUUCGUAAUGGAGGUGCGUGACAGCCAUGCUAGUGAUUGCAUACAUCUUUAUUGGCGUUUUAUCGACAUGGAGUUCAUAUCGGGUUCGAAUAUCGAGCAAGAAUUUCGGUUUAGAUUACCCUUUAAAUAGUCUUGGGGGCGCCAGGAUUGAGACCCGGAAUCAGCUGUGUUUUGGUGCUGCUUAGAUAUCUCACUAGAGAAUGCAGGUUGAAAUAUGUCUGCCUUUGGUAUUUUUACAAUGACACUCUCUCCGGUGUCUGUAUUUAGUUGACAUGGUGUGUAAAAAGAUACAAACAUAUCAGUGUGUUGGCUCAUACAUGCAUAUUCCCAAAAAAGCUCGAAAUAUCAAAAUCCGGCUGCUCGCCUUUUUCUCCUUUCCUUACCCAUCUUCUUUCGCGCCACUUCUCUGCUACCAAAUACUCCUCUUUCUACCUGUGUCAGGGGUAUAUUUUCUUCUUUGAUUUGGCUGCUCCAGAGCUCGGGCUCGACCGGAGACAUACGAAUGGCCCUGUCUGGUUGGCUUCCCCACAUUCUCCCGCCGUCAACUAAUUUCGGUGUUGACGGCGUUAAUGACGCCUGCUUUUGAGCUUUUUCCAGCUGGCGUCGUUUGCGCUCUUCACGCCUACGACGUCUCUGGACGGUUGGAUGGUCCCCGGACAGCGACUGUUCAUCUUGAAUCGCGUGAACUGUUUUCUGCCAGUCGUAAUCCGCCGGAUCAGUGCCGACUUUCCAAUGGGAUAAUGUUGUCAUGACACGCUUUAAGGGGUCAGGUUGGGGAUUUACGGUAGUAUAACGGUGCAAAGCGAGAGAUGCUCGCGCUGUCGGCUCAUGAGAUUGGUAAAGCAUGGGUGUAAAGCUUGCACCUUGACUUGGUAAUAUACCGUCAUGUGAUGCACCACGCCGUCCCCCUUUAAACGGCGGCUCAUUGGCUGGUCCUGACGAGGUCAUUACCUGGUCCUCAAGACUGGUGGACUCUCUCGUUUCUGGCAUCAUUUGCACAAGGCUGAUUCUCGAAAACAUUAUCUCUGCAACCAUGCAUCGAAUCAUUCUUUCUUUUGACAUCCGAACCCGAUUGGGAACAUGUUCUGACAGCGGAGAAAGCCAAUCGUAGACAAGGGAGUCAUACAGUGCUGCAAGGGACAUAUCAUUUUGCU